ACAGUGCGCUCUGGCGCCGCUGGAACCCGCAAAGGGUUAAACGGGGUUACCAGCAAUCCUUUUAACAGGCAGGUGCCCCGCCAGUCCCAGCCCAAAGCUUACCACUGACUUUUUUUAAACGGUUCUUCCAACAUCUCAAGAGCAACUCAAAACUGUCAUGUGGCGAGUAACGUGGCGAGUGAUGUUAACGGUGGUGGUAGUAUAAAUAGAGCAUCAUCGCUGCAGAAGUGGAAUACCAAACUGGAUCAAUCAGCUGACACACAUCGUCCUGACUCGCAGACUCACACACGUGUGAUGCGCUUUUGAAUUGUGUCGUCGUUUUACCUACUUUUAUAUUCAGAGAAGUGGAGUUUGCUUCCUGCUGAAUCACAGAAAUCUACAAGUAAAAAAACAAACAAACAAACAAAAAAAGUUCACCACUUGUUGAGUUGUGUACCGCUCUGGAGAUGUGGUGGAUGCUGUUUCCACGCUGGAUCUGGUUCCUGGCGUGUGUGUCAGUGUGGAUGGAGCACGAGGUCGGAGUUUUGCCUCAUAUCACCUAUUCACACGCGGGGAUCUGUCCUAAUGACAUGAACCCCAACCUGUGGGUGGAUGCAAUGAGCACCUGCACAAGAGAGUGUGAAUCUGAUCAGGAGUGUGAGUCUUUUGAGAAGUGUUGCCAAAAUGUGUGUGGGAAUCGGAGUUGUGUGGCAGCCCGUUACGUGGACGGCAAAAAAGGCCCCAUGGGAAUGCCCAAAGAAGCCACUUGCGCCAGUUUUAUGUGCACCCAGCAGGGGUCUGAGUGUGACAUCUGGGACGGCCAGCCGGUGUGUAAGUGCAGGGACCGCUGCGAGAGGGAGCCGCACUUCACCUGCGCUUCCGACGGCAUGACCUACUACAACAAGUGCUACAUGGAUGCUGAGGCGUGCUCUAAGGGCAUCACCCUGUCUGUCGUCACCUGCCGAUUCCACCUCACCUGGCCCAACACUAGCCCCUCGCUGCCGCAGGCGACCACUCUUCGCCCUACCACUGCUCCACUUCAGGCAACUAUCCCACCUCCCACUGAGCCUCAGCCACCCGUCGUGGUCAGCAGCCCCGCUCACCAGACUGUAAACGUGGGUGACACAGCCAGCUUCCUGUGUGAUGUGACAGGUCGCCCCCAGCCCGAGAUCACCUGGGAGAAGCAGCUGCCAGAGGAGGUGGAGAGGGUAGUCAUGAGGCCUAAUCAUGUGCGAGGGAAUAUGGUGGUCACUAACAUAGGUCAGCUGGUCAUCUACAACGCCCAGCCGCAUGAUUCAGGAGUCUACACCUGCACUGCUCAGAACCCAUCUGGCUCCGUGCAGGCCAACCACCCGCUCACUGUGCUGCCCACAGAGCCACCCAAGACCCCCGAGGCCAAGAACGUGACGCGCUGCCUGCCCAAGGAGUGUCUGAAACCCCCUGAUAACCCUGAAGAUUGUGGGAGCGAGCUGGAGAAAGUCAGCUGGUACUAUGAGCUCAAGACCAACAACUGCUUCUCCUUCACCCACUGCCACAGCAACAACAGCCAGCAGCCCAGGAAGGUGUUCGAGACAUACGAGGAGUGCAUGCAGUGCUGCGGCCCCGAGUUGUCAGGCCCCUGUGGGCUCCCCAGCCUGCAGGGACCCUGUAAGGCCUACGAGCCACGCUGGGCUUACAGCAGCACCCUGCGGCAGUGUCAGUCCUUCAUCUACGGUGGAUGUGAGGGCAACGACAACAACUUUGAAUCUAAAGAAGCCUGCGAGGAGAUGUGCCCCUACCCGAAAAACCACCACUGCAAGGCCUGCAAGCCAAGAGGCAAGAUGGUGACGAGCUUCUGCCGGAGCGACUUCGUCAUCCUGGGGCGCAUGACAGAGCUGACGGAGGAGAAGGACUCAGGCCAUGCCCUUGUGGCUGUGGAUGAGAUCCUCAAGGAUGAGAAGAUGGGUUUACGCUUCUUUGGCAAGGAGCCUCUUGAGGUCACCUUCCUCAACAUGGACUGGAACUGCCCGUGCCCAAACAUCACGGCCGCCGCCGCUGAGGGACAGGUCAUCAUUAUGGGAAACGCGAACGACGGCAUGGCUGUCCUUCAGCCGGAGAGCUAUGUCGGUGCGUCCAGCCCUCGCCGUGUGCGAAAGCUGAGAGAGGUCAUCUCCAAGAACACGUGUGACAUUCUCAAAGCGAUCACCAACAGCCCUCAAUAGGGUUUGGGGUCAGGGAUAUAAUCUCUACAUAAAGUUUAGAGUUAGAAAACCUCUCUUGACUCAACAGGCUGUUACAUUCUGAACAUUUAUUACAGGAAAUUUUGAAUUUUGGGACCAUUCUUGCUAAAUUUAAUGGGUUUCUUUCUGUUUUUGAAAGUUGUCAGGAGCUCCUGAUGGGGAACCCUGUCAUGUGAAAUUUUGUAUUUCCUUUUGUGUGGUCUGUUCACAGCAGAGCUUUUCUGUUAUGGUGCGGUCAUUGGUGUUGUUGAUUGAAAUACCAUGAGACAUCCAUCAUGAUCCUCUUGUUACCCCAGACUGCGUCCUCCCUCAUGCCCUCUUUUGCCUCCAGCAGAAAUGGAGGUUGCAGACUUGCAUGAAAGCACAAAACAGACACAAUUGAGUUAAAUUUUUUAUGUAUGUAAUUUAGCUAUUACAAGACGUUUGAUUCUUUUAUUUGUUAGCCGUAUUUCCACCCGGCACCUUCAUGCAUUGAACCCAUAUUUCUCUGUUUUCAUGUUGUAUAAAUACAUCCACAAACCUGUGCAAGGUACUGCAUAUACUACAAGGUGGUGGUUCAUCCAAAUGAACGAGUUGUAAUAUAUUUUAUUAACCAAUGCAUUUUCUCACAAUGAAUCAUUUAUUUUUUAUCUACUUGCUCUUACUUUUUGGCUAUUUAUUAUCAUUUAAGCUUUUCUUUUGUCUUGUUUAAGUGGCAUUUUUUUAUCACUUUGUGUAAUGUUGUGAAGAAAAUAAAGAUUUUGGGGAUUUUCUUCGUCUCCUUUUACUGAUUUCUGUUCAUAUCUAUGUAAUAUAGAAUUAUAUUUUAAUAAUAGGGCAGA